AUGGACGUGCUGCUAAGUAUGCUUCAGCGAGAGGCGUACAAUCGUGUACCUAAUGGCGGAUUGAGGAGGUGGUUAAUCCACGGCGGGAAGGAGGGCGCGGAGGUUUUCAAAGAGGAACGUAGGACUGGGCCACUGAUUACACGGGCUCGAACAUCUGCCGCAUCAAUGAGGCCUCCAAACCAACGAAACGUCGUGAGGAAUGAUUCGGUUCCAAAAUGGCGGUCAUUGGAACCCACAGAUGGAUGCGCAGGUGCAAGAUAG